CCGAUUAUUCCGACUCCACGUGAAUGUGUGUUAACCUGGAAUAAGCUAGCUAAACUGACAGUAGGGUAUCCUCGGUGAUAAAUCUACAUUUCCCUACAAUAUCUGAUAAAAGAGGAGGAGGGAUUAAAAUGCCUUACUGGACGUGCUGCAACUCCUGCUUCCAUUCUCCCUCUGCUGGCCGCAAACUGGCAAUCACAACCUGUGGACAUGUCAUCUGUAGUGUCUGUUUUCAGAAAGGCACCCAAGGCAAGUGUUUAAUAUGCAAAGCAAAGUGCCAAAUAUCACCUCUCUCAGACAAAAGCAGCUCAGAGGUGAAGGCUUUGUUUUCUGACAUCAAUGUUGUGGCAACCAAGCACUUUUCUGAAAUCGGAAAGAUUACAAAGUUCCAGGCAAGACAUCAAAAUAGACUGUUGACUCAUUACAAGCAAAGGAAUGAGAAACUAGAAGAGGUGUUAGCCAAGGUUAAGCAAGAAAUGCAGCAGAUGACAAAGAAGCUGAAUGAACAGAGUGCCUACAUUGCAAAGCUGGAAAAUUCCCUCCAGCAUUACAGUGCCAAAGUUUCAUCAGGGUCUCAGAUGAGCCACGGCUCACAAACUCCUCAGAGACAUAAACCAGCCCGACAGAUCCCGUAUAACACCCCCAUGUCCCUCUCAAGACACUCCUCCAUUGUUAAUGUCUCUGAAAACAUGGAGGUGGACGGUCUGUUCAGGAAGCCUAACACCGUCCCCAGACUGUCCUUAAUCAGUCCUCCAAACGAUGGCCGAAUGGGUACCAUCUGUCACAGAUCCACCGAUCAGACCACAAUGACCAACAACUCAGCCUGUUCAGCCACAGUCAGUCGUUUUCAAGGAGCAUCGAUGACCCCUGACAUUUCUUACAGCCAGAGCUCCAGUUGGAAGUCUCCCAUCCUCAGACCUCCCUCUUCCUUCAGACACUCCAUGUCCUCGCUGGUCUUCCCUGCUCCAUAACACACAAACGUAAACACACACACACGUCAUGGAGCCUGUGGAGGCAAUACACCUGGCUACUGACAUGUGCACGAAGGUAUUCAUAUCUUGAACUACCGAAAAAUGAGUCACCAGCUUUUAUUUUUGCAUGAAGUGAUGUAACAACCCAGGAUCCACUAUUUCAAUUGUAUAUAUGAGACUGGAAUAUACUCAAAGUCUGUGUUGUUAAAUUUUUGUUUGCUUAUUGUAUUAUCAAUUAAAGCAAUUUAACAGUGACAUGA